GGCUUAUUUGCUGAUAAGCCCCUUGUUUGCUUUACUGUAAUGCACUGAAAACGCAGUUUCCUUGAUAAAAUUUUCAACGACUCGCGGGCAUUUUUAAAUUUUAUUUAAUUUAUUCAAAUACCUAGUUCCACGUUUUAGCAGCUAGUAAUAGCGAAUGUUUCAUACUACCCCUUGAGAAUGCUUGCUGAAGGUACAGGCAAAACAUUGGGUAGAAAAACGCCAUUUGUUCUGUUGUUUUUCGUGCUGAUUAAUCCGGUGCAUUACAACGAGUUCCACUCCUCCUUCAAAGCGCUUAUUGCGAUUAUUUACUUAUAUUUAAUGAUUGAGUUGCAUCAAGCACCACUAAGUAUAUAAUCUUCAUUUUGUGGAAUUUACUUGAUGCAAACGAAAAGCUGUUAUCAAAGAAGGAAUUUAUUGGAAAAUUCCAGGGGGUUCCCUGAACUAGCUCUUAUCAGGAUUAAAAUUUUACUCAAUUUUGCAAAAUUUGACAACGCCGCACAGCCAUGGGUAUUUAUAUUUGAGAAUCCUUAUCAGCUUUUCAAGAGCGCCAAGCAACUCGUCAAAACUCAAGUAAUUGGCUCCUGUUUGAAUUCGAUAUUUCGCAGCCAAAGCAGUGAAAAUCGUAUUCAAUUGCAGCAUUGAACCAGAAAAUCAUUAUAGAGAGCAAUUAAACAUGUCUGAAGGCAAAGUGUCUAUGUGCGAAAAGAAAAAUGACUGCGAAGAAGAACAAUCAGUGGCAGAUCCAGACACCAGAUAUCCGGAUGGGACGGUCAAACUGCGAAAUCCACACAUCGAGCUUAUGGAUCAGGAUAUUCUCUAUCACAUCGCUUUAGGGAGCGAAUCUCACGAUUUGGUCGAAAUGUUUGGUGACGUCAAGUUUGUGUGUAUGGGAGGAACCCCGAAUCGUAUGAAAAACUUCGCUCACUUCAUCAUGGAAGAAAUUGGGUACAAACUACCGACUGGCACCGACUUGAUGGACAUCAGCCAGUACUCUUACAGAUACAGCAUGUACAAAGUGGGCCCGGUCAUUGCAGUUAGUCAUGGAAUGGGAGUACCGUCAAUCGGCAUCCUGCUGCACGAAAUGAUCAAGCUGAUGUACCAUGCAAAAGCUCAGGAUCCGGUUUUCAUCCGAAUAGGAACCUGUGGAGGUUUGGGACUGGAGCCUGGAACGGUUGUAAUUUCGGACCAAGCGGUAGAUGGCUUAGGAAACUAUUCUUAUUCAGUGCCAAUACUAGGAGAAGUCGUGAAGCGGCCUGCAAAGUUAGAUAAGAAGAUAGUUCGAGAACUGAAGGCGUUGAGUAGUGUUGAUGAUCCGUAUGAAACAGUGGUAGGAACGACUAUGUGUGCAGAGGAUUUUUAUGAAGGUCAAGGAAGAAUAGAUGGGGCCUUUUGCGACUACACGGAAGUGGACAAACAGAACUAUUUGGAAAAAUUGGUAAAACAAGGUGUGAAAAACAUAGAAAUGGAAGCCACACCUUUUGCAGCGCUCACACAUCAUGCAGGCAUUAAAGCGGCCAUCGUUUGCGUUACGUUGCUGAACAGACUCAAAGGCGAUCAGGUAAGAAUAACAAAAAAACCAAGCCACAACCAAAUAAAUAAAGAAACAAAAAAAUUAUAUAGGAGGAUCCAUUUAAACAAUCUAAAAUGAAGUGUUUAAUCAAUU